GGAGAGCCAUCCAAGCACUUGUGGCAGCAGUAGUCUCCUGAAGUGUAUAUCAUUUUGAAUUUGUUUAUCGAAGCUGUGAGGAACAGAUCUCUUUAAAAACAUGAACGCCACAGCUCUAGCCAUCGCUUUUUUAACUUGUGUGCUUUUGUCCAUGACAGAAGGCCGAGUUAUAAUGAUUCAGCCCAAGUGCCGUUGUCCAGCAACCACCACAAAAGAAAUCCCACUUGACAGGAUUCAGAAAAUUGUGACCAUUGCUCCUGGUCCUCACUGCAGAAAACUGCAAGUAAUUGCCACUGUGAAAAUUCAGAAGAAAGUGGUAGAUGUCUGUGUCCCCCCCAAUGGCCCGUGGGUUCAGGAUGCCAUGAAAAAGAUCGGACUGAUCAAAGACUCAAAACCUAACGAUCGUAGUUUGAUCUGAGAUGCAAGCAAAAAGAGAAGAGAAACACUUGAAAAAGAAAGGAGGACUGUUUCUUUAGUCUUAAAUAUAAUUUUUUGACCAAUCACUGUUAAAAUGUGACAUCAAUAUAGGAAACUUACAUGUUCAAGCACUUUAUAUUGUCAUGUAGUACAUAGUUUGUAUUAUUCUUUGCAUUUUGUUCAUAAUAUUUGACUUAUAUUAUUUAUAAAGUAUAUUGCAACUGCCAUA